GCAAGCUAUUACCUAUCGAGCCACUUGGGCACCUUAUCUGCUUUGGCUGCUUCAACGGGCGACCUGCUACCCAGCAAACUUAUCGUCGGCUGAGCUCGAGCGCGUCCCAACAACCUCGAACGGGCAAAGAGCUAUUGUAAUGUUGUAUGGUGUUGUGCAGUAUUGCGCCUUUUUGUGCGUAUUGCUGCUAUUUCGGUAUGCCGUUCGAACGUACAUAGUACGUCGCAUGUUACUUGCUGUUCUUAACGGGUCAAAGUUCCUGACAGCAGUGGUGACUCCACCCCGGAUUAUUGUUAUGUUCCCGGCCGUUCGUGUCAAUUUUGUUCAUACUGGGACCACUGGUUGGAUGUCUUUGGCCGCGGUAGCUUAAUUCGGCGUCGUCGGCUUCGCUAUUGAAUAGCCGUGAUUUUGUGCACGGCGUCUACUUCAAAUCGCCUUGUCUUUGUUCAAAUGUGUGGCAAAUCACUACCUCCACUUCGUGUGUGCCUUCACCGUACGUGAAUGAGCAGAUGUGUGCAUAUGGAUCGCCGGUAUCUUUUCUCGAACCUGUCGACUCGAAUGGAGAACAAUCCUAGCCAUUGUUCGGUACGCUACUGGUGAGCAGAAGUGACGAUAACAAUUACAACAACAACAAAAAAAAGAAAAAGUGUCGGCGGCAGGUCAACUCACGAAAGAAUAGCCCUAACUCAACCCACAACAAAUAUGCGGACCACUUCAGCGAUAGCAGUCGCUCGACUACUGACGCUUUUGCUAAGCAGCGGAGCACUCGCACAGAAACGCUCCGUCAGCGAGGACAGUCCAGCGAGUAUUUCCGAGGACAAAGUUGUCAAAGUGGACGAUCAAGAAGAAACCAGCUUGAUAUCUUUGACGUCUCCAUACCGGGAAACUAAGCCGACCCGAAACGAGAAAGCGCAUGCUAUUGUCACCCAGUUAAUUAAUCCAGUUCGGUACGACCCGCGCAUGCAGGCGCAAUCCGGCGCAGACUGUGAGCACUCCACCUGCGACGAAUCGCCUGUCCACGUUAAGGUUAACACGUUCGUACGACAGAUGCGUUUCGACCAAGCACAAAUGCUAUUGGACACUCAGUUGAUAUUUCGAAUGGAGUGGAACGAUCCUCGAUUAACGUAUCUAGAUAAUUCCUCUCAUCUACCUUAUGUUUUACUUGACAAACCAUCAGAUAUUUGGGUACCUGACCUCUUUCUUAGUUCGGAGAUACGCACUGACCGUCACGACUUCAUCAUCCCUAAUGUUCUUAUACGAAUCUACCCGAACGGCGAUGUCCUCUACAGCACCAGAAUAAGUUCCAAGUUGAAUUGCAUCGUUGAUCUUGCGCACUUCCCAUUCGACUCGCCGGUGUGCGAAUUAACAGCAGCGAGUUACGCACAUACGACGGACGACUUGGUUUUCUGGUGGAAGGAGAAAGAGCCGAUCCAAAUAGAUCGAGCAAUUAAGCAAAUAUCCAAUGAUAUUCAUUUGGAUAAGGUGACUACACGGUCAUGUACGUCAUCAACAACUACAGGAGAGUACACCUGUAUCAAGGCGCAGUUCUUCUUCAAACGGAACUUGGGCAUAUACGUGGUCAAAAUCUACGCACCAUGCUUAUUUCUACUACUUAUAGCCUACUCGGGCUUUUUUGUAAAGCACACGGUAUCAUCAGUUCGAUCGUUACUCCAUUUGUUGCCUACAUUGUUGUUGGCGCAUUACUCGUUUUCGUUUGAUCGCGAGUUCGCCAACACAAUGGUGCACCAAUGGAUUAUCGGCUGCCUUGUGAUAGCGCUCGGAUCGCUUAUCGAGUUCCUCAUCCUCAUUUAUAUGCACGAGGUACAGCGAUGCGAGAAGCUGAACAGCCGCGGGGUCGGUCUAAUGGGCAGUUCUUUUAAGGAGGACGCGAGACAAACAAUGCGCCACUAUCCCGUCAGUAACCUCGACAUCCUUGCACGGGUCGUGUUCUUCAUCGCUAUUGGCAUCUUUAACCUCGCUUAUUUCCUAUAGAAGCGAAUCAAUAUAAACGAUACGGCACAAUCAGUACUACAGAUACACAUAGAAAUGGUGAAGUAACAAAAAUAAACACCAUCCAGAUAUCAUCACCAUAUAAAGCUAGUAAUCAUCUCAGAUUAGUUGACCGAGUUGCGGAUUCAAACUGACUGGGUUCGCGCGUGUUAUUUGAUGUGGCUGGUCUUAAACAAUGUGAUGAAACGGCGUACUAUUGCACAUAACUUAAUGCCAUUGGGCUACUAAAACUUAAUUGAAUCCUGACAAGUUUUGAACUGUCUGUUUGCUUUUAUAGACAAAAAGUCAACAGAAAGUUUGUGAAUUACAAAAAACGCAUUUUUUACCAGCUUC